CAAGAUGGCGGCGGCGGAGCAGAGCCCGUCGGACGGGACGGCCGCGUCCCCCUCGCCGUCGUCGCCGCCCGACGGGGCCGAAGAGCUGGGGAAAGAGGACGAGGCGGCGGCGGAGGGCAGGGCAGGCCCCAGCAGCCGCGCCGGGUUCCGGGUGACGGCGGUGCGGCGCGACCCGGCGGUGCGGCUGCAGCACAGCGUGAGCGGCUCGGAGCCCCUGGCCUGGUCCGAGGACCACCGCGUGUCGGUCAGCACCGCCCGCAGCGUGGCCGUCCUCGAGCAGCUGAGCGACAUCCGCGGCGGCGGCGGCGGCGGCAGCGACCUCGUCAUCCAUCGCACGGCCGUGCCGCCCCCCAACGCCGCCUGUCAUCUCGGGGUUGGUUCCAAAAAGGAAGUCGCCGAAUGCAAACACAAGUUUGCGAAUUCCAACGAUCCGGUCGUCAGCCAGACAUUCACCUUAGACAGAGUCUUCAAUCCGGAAGGGAAAUCUCUGUCCUCGAUGCGAGGCUUCCGAUACUGCAGCUGGUCUCCGUUGGGUUGCGACGCCAACGGCCGGUGUCUCUUGGCUGCGUUGACCAUGGACAAUCGACUGACCAUCCACGCUAACCUGAACAGACUUCAGUGGGUGCAGUUAGUUGACUUGACCGAACUCUACGGAGAGUGCCUGUACGAAAACAGCUACAGGCUUUCUAAGACACAGGAGCCUUUUCAGGAAGACCUGGGGAACUUUGCCGAAUUCCAGAGGAGGCACAGCAUGCAGACGCCGGUCCGCAUGGAAUGGUCCGGCAUUUGCACUAUCCAACAGGUGAAGCACAACAACGAGUGCCGGGAGGUGAGCAGCGUCCUCUUGGCCGUGGUCUUUGAAAACGGGAACAUCGCUGUGUGGCAGUGCCAACUCCCGUUCCUCGGCAAGGAAUCCAUCUCGUCUUGUAACACCAUCGAGUCGGGCAUCUCCUCCCCCAGCGUCUUGGCCUGGUGGGAAUACGAGCACAGCAACCGGAAAAUGAGCGGGCUGAUCGUGGGCAGCGCUUUCGGGCCGGUGAAGAUCCUCCCGGUCAACCUCAAAGCUGUCAAAGGUUACUUCACCUUGAGACAGCCGGUGGUUUUGUGGCAGGAAGUGGACCACUUGCCUGUGCAGAACAUCAAGAGCAUCCCUCUCUACCACCCCUACCAGAAAUGCAGCUGCAGUUUGGUGGUGGCGGCGAGAGGCUGUUACCUCUUUUGGUGUCUCCUCUUGAUAUCCAAAGCGGGCUUAAAUGUCCACAACUCCCACGUGACCGGGCUCCACUCAUUGCCUAUCGUCUCCAUGACUGCCGACAAGCAGAACGGCACCGUCUACACCUGCUCCGCAGACGGGAAGGUCCGGCAGCUGGUCCCCAUCUUCACCAACCUCGCCCUCAAGUUCGAGCACCAGCUGAUCAAGUUGUCGGAUGUGCUGGGCUCCAUCCGCAGCCACGGCAUCGCCGUCAGCCCCUGCGGCGCUUACCUGGCCGCCAUCACCACCAAGGGCAUGGCCAACGGGCUCCACCCCACCACCAAGACCUACCAGGUUCAGUUCGUCACCCUGAAGACGUGCGAGGAAGCCGCGGCCCAGUUGCUGGAAUCGCCCGUCCAGAACCUUUACCGGCAAGUCGACCUCACCGAUCUGGUGCGCUGGAAGGUCUUGAAAGAGAAGCAGAUCCCGCGCUUCCUGCAAGAAGCCCUGGAUCAGAAGAUCGAGCGCUCGGGGUCCACGUACUUCUGGCGCUUUAAGCUCUUCCUCCUGCGGGUUUUGUCCCAGUCGCUGCAGACCCCUCCUUCGGAGGCCCUGUGGAGGCCCAGCCACGAGGACACCAAGGUCUUGAUCGUGGACUCCUGUGAGGCAGCGGGCAGCGAGAAGCCGCCUUCAGAACAGGGCAGGCAGGGUCCGAGUGAGGCCCAGAAAGGCCAGGAGUCCCAGCUGGCCCCCUCGACUGAGCAGCUGACGGAAGAGAAGAUGCUGGAGAUCCAGGCCCAGAUGGAAGCGGUCGAAAUGCACCUGACGCGGGAACAUAUGAAGCGGGUGUUGGGCGAGGUCUACCUCCACACGUGGAUUACGGAGAACACCAGCAUCCCCACCAGGGGCGUCUGUGAUUUCCUGACUUCCGACAAAAGCUACGAGGACAGGACAGCGCGGGUGCUGAUUGGGCACAUUUUAAAGAAAAUGAACAAGCAAACUUUCCCCGAACGCUGCAGUUUAUGUAAAGAGAUCCUGCCCUUCACGGACCCCAAACAGGCAGUUUGCUCCAAUGGACACAUUUGGCUCAGGUGCUUUUUAACCUACCGGGCCUGCCAGAGUUUAGUUUACAGGAGAUGUUUGCUCCGGGAUAGCAUCGCUCGCCAUUCCACUUCAGAAGAUCCUGAAUGGAUCAAGAGAUUACUGCAGGGGCCCUGCAUUUUCUGUGACUCGCCUGUUUUCUAGAGAAUGACUCAAGACGACGAGCUUUGGAGAAGUGGUCCCUAGUGGUUAAAGCACCAGCCAGCGUCGGAUCUGCGCAAAAGCUCGCUCCGACCUGGAAAACUCUGCAAAUUUGAGCUAGAGAAGCUCUCCCCUUUUCGGGAAAUGCCAAGGUCUUUUCUUAAAUCGCAUCACCUCUGUGUUUGAAAUGCUUCUGGACUCUAUUCAGAUUCAAGGUCGCCACUUGGUGGGGUUUUGACCAUUAAGUUCUGGAAUCCAGGACCACCUUGUUCCACCCAGAAGAUGCUAACGAUUGGAGCAAUUGUCUAAUUUGUCCAGUCGAGGAGGUCACUUCUCGACGGCUGGAGGGCAACGUGGACUCCGUUCCUUCCCUUGGUUAACGCCUAACAGACGGUGGCACUUACUGAACUGGAGACUGUUAAAUUAUCACAGACAAUGAAUGAGUUUUUGAACGGUUUCAGAGAAGAAGAAGAAGAAGAAAAAACUUGCAUGCCUGUAGUCAGGGAAGAAAGAUGAGCAAAACCUGUGCGAGGCCUCUUUCGUGGGGGGGAAAAUACUUCCAGGCAGCUAAAUACCCUCCGAACCAUUAUUUUAAAUGAGCCAAUUGCCUUGUGAUUGUAAUAGUUUAAGUAUCCAUGUUUAGACUUUGAUUUCCUCGCCUGCGGUCAAUCCUUCCUCUCCCAUCGCCUCUCCUUCUUCUCAAAUGUUAAUCACAGUUCAUCAUGGCUGUGCGUUCAUGGGAAUACAUUUCUCACCCUCCGCUCCAUGUUUGGACAAUUCUCAGUAGCUCAGACCUGUGGCAAACUUUUGAUCUGAGCAAUUCGGGGUUAUUAAACCAAAAAAACCACCC